GAGGGGGCGCUAACGGCACACAGCGUCCACACUGUAAACACACUGGCUGUCUCCCUCCGCACCACACAUACUCACACAAUGCAGCGGCGCCGCGAAUACGGGCAGUGACAGCCGCUCACACCGGACACACCCGGACAGACGCUCGGUGCCGUGCUGGUUUUUUGUCCGCGACGCUGCAGCUGAAAUCCGACAUCAAACCAUGGAGCGUCCGAUAAGCAGCGGUGCUAACGCUAUCCCAGCCCGCUAGCUGCCCGGCAGGCUUUGGCGUUCCAGGUGAAGACGAGCUGAGAGCCAUUGCCAUCUUGUUGUCUUGAAACUUGGUCCUCUUUGGUUGCGCAAUUGACAGCCUCGAGUUGCGGACGUUAAAGGGAAGAGAAACGCGCGUUUAGCCUGUGUCACCCAGCUGUCUCUGUAGCUGCUGUUGUUGUUGUUAGUCGUCGCUGGAAGUGGUACCGCUAAGCUAGCCCGCUUGCUAUCUGAGUAAUUGUAGCUGAAUGGGGUGGAGUUGCCUUUAGUGUCGCCGCACAGGCUAGAAUAACAUUAGGUAUCGGUUGCCAGUUUGGGAAGACGGUGUCGGACAAGAUGGUGUUGAGGAGCUGCUGGAAAUCUCGACAUAAAAACCAGUGUGGAGCCGCUCCUCGGUGGAUCCGAUCAGGGUUGGCAGCCCUGCUCUGGUUAUGUGUGACCCAGUUUGAUUUGGGCUGUGGGGCGGUGGGGGAGACCAAAAAUGUGGUCCAGAAAGAUGCAGAGUUUGAUGUCACCUACAAUGACACGGUUACAAGUGAAAACCAGACCAUCUAUGCUUUCAAUCACACUAUCUCCAGGAAUAAGACGGAGGGAGUGCGUGUGUCUGUGGAUGUGCUGUCACAGGGUUUGGAGAGUCCUACCCUGUUUGUGGUACGACAGAAGCAAGCUGUGCUGUCUUUUCAAGUUCCUCUCAUACUAAGAGGCCUCUACCAGAGGAAGUACCCUUACAAUCAUGUGGGCCGGACAUUGUGCCAGCCUCCGACCCGGGCCGCCUCCGAGACCCAGUACUUCUUUGUGGAUGUGUCUACCCUGUCCAGCACGGGUACAAACUACCAGCUCAGGGUCAGCCGUGUUGAAAGCUUCACCCUGCAGACAGACAAGAAGUUCAGCUUUACGGCGUCACCAUCCCAACCUCAGUACUUCAAGUAUGUCUUCCCGGAUGGCGUGGACACUGUGAUAGUGAAAGUCAACUCAGACAUGACCUUUCCCUGCUCCGUUAUGUCCGUCCAAGACAUUCAGUGCCCCGUCUAUGACCUUGACAACAACGUGGCUUUCAUUGGGAUGUACCAGACUAUGACCAAAAAAGGCGCAAUCACAGUGCAGAGAAAAGAUUUCCCCAGCAACAGUUUCUACGUGGUGGUAGUGGUAAAAACAGAGGACGAGGCGUGCGGCGGUCCGCUGCGCUUCUACCCUCUCCGUCCUGAUGAGCUGAUCGACGCUGGCAACCGCACCAAGGUCCUGGAUGUGAUAGUCACCCCUGCUAUCAACUCGGAGGUGUAUGUGAUGGGCAUGCUGUUCUGUCUGGGUAUCUUCCUCUCUUUCUACCUGCUCACCUUGCUGGUGGCCUGUGUGGAGAACAAGCGAAUGAAGAAGAAGAGAGAGGUGUUUCAGAAUCCUGCUGACAUGUCGCCUGCUGAGACAGCCUCCCUGCUUGGGAAGAACGGAGAUGGCAAGACUCCAGCCUCACCAUAUGAAUAUGGCUCCUUUGCUGACAACGGCAGCACUCUCAGUUCAGAGGCCAUUACUGACAGCGCCACGUCAACUGACAACAACUAUAGAUACCUGGAGCGAUCGCUGGAGAGUGUUGGACGAAGCAGGCAGGAGUCUCUGAGCUCCGUGGAGGAGGAUGACUACGACACGCUCGACGACAUCGACUCAGACAAAAACAUUGUCCGUACCAAGAAAUUUUUAUACGUGUCUGACCUGUCUCGCAAAGACAAGAGAGUCCUCAGCAAGAAAUACCAAAUCUACUUCUGGAACAUUGCUACUAUUGCUGUGUUCUACGCGCUGCCAGUCGUCCAGCUGGUCAUCACCUAUCAGACGGUGGUCAAUGUUACAGGAAACCAGGACAUCUGCUUCUACAACUUCUUGUGUGCCCACCCCCUGGGAGCACUCAGCGCCUUCAAUAACAUCCUCAGUAACCUCGGUUACGUGAUGCUGGGACUGCUCUUCCUCCUUAUCGUCCUCAAAAGAGACAUUGUCCACAAUCGCGCCUUGGUCCGCAACGAACUCAACGCGCUGGAAUGUGGUAUCCCAAAGCACUUUGGUCUGUUUUAUGCCAUGGGAACCGCUCUGAUGAUGGAGGGCCUGCUCAGUGCCUGCUACCACGUCUGUCCUAACUACACCAACUUCCAGUUUGACACCUCCUUCAUGUACAUGAUUGCUGGACUGUGUAUGCUAAAGCUGUAUCAGAAGAGACACCCAGACAUCAACGCGAGUGCUUACACUGCGUAUGCCUGCCUGGCUGCGGUCAUCUUCUUUUCUGUGCUGGGAGUGGUAUUUGGGAAAGGAAACACAGUCUUCUGGAUCGUCUUCUCAGUGAUCCACAUCCUAUCCACCCUCCUCCUCAGCACACAGCUGUACUAUAUGGGCCGGUGGAGGCUGGACUCCGGGGUCCUGCGCAGGAUGAUUUAUAUCGUCUACACUGAUUGCAUCAGGCAGUGCAGUGGACCUAUGUACAUUGAUCGUAUGGUUCUGCUUGUAAUGGGGAACAUAGUCAACUGGUCUCUAGCUGCCUAUGGCCUCAUAGAGAGACCUAAUGACUUUGCCUCCUACCUGUUGGCCAUCGCCAUCUGCAACCUGCUGCUCUACUUUGCCUUUUACAUCAUUAUGAAGCUGCGGAGCGGUGAGAGAAUCCAGUGUUUGGCGUUGGUGUGUAUUCUGUUCACGGCCGUGGUGUGGGGCUUUGCACUGUAUUUCUUCUUCCAGGGUCUCAGCACCUGGCAGAAAACCCCAGCGGAGUCUCGCGAGCACAACAGGGACUGUAUCGUGCUUUCAUUCUUUGACGACCACGACAUUUGGCACUUCCUCUCCUCUAUCGCCAUGUUUGGAUCCUUCCUGGUCCUUCUCACCAUGGAUGACGACCUCGACACCGUCCAGAGAGACAAGAUCUUCGUCUUCUAGAUUCGUCAGAUCAUCUGUGAUGAGCUCAGCUCUUCCUCUCUGCCUUAUCGCCCCCUCAUCUGUCUCUCUCUGUUUGCGUCUCCUUCAUGUUCUUUAAAAAAAGCACAGCCAGUAGCCUGUCUUUCCCCAAGGCUGUACAGUGGACACCUGUCUGCCUCUCACAGCCAAUCAGCCAGUAAGGGAAGGGCAGUAGCCCCUCCCUCAACCUGUAUGGACACAAAUGUGCCAAUGAAAAGCUGCGUCGACAUCGAGUGAUGCUGAAGUGUUUCGUCCUCUCGCUGCCAUCAUCAAUUUAACUGUUGUAAUCGAUGUUAACUUUCUGCUGACAGUGAAGAUAACAAUGUACACACUCGCUAAAAAAAACAACUAUCCGAAUUAACUUAUUUUAUACUGUCUGCAUUACAUUUGACCUGCAAGUCAGCGAUGCAUUUUGGAAUUACUGUUUGUAUGCUGUUUAUAUGCUGUGUGAGUGUUUGUACAGGUGUGAGUGCGUUUCCAAACAUAAACAUGAGAACAUGAAUUUUGUCUGUCAGUGGCCUUUAACGUUCUAAUCAUGUUAGUCACAUACUGUGCUCUGAUUGGUCAGAUCUUCUAGCCGUCCUUCUCAUUGGAGAAUAUAAUGAUUGUAUUUACUUCUCGACUGCCCUCAAGUCUGAAUUUAAAGGGUUUUUUGCACUGUACUAAAGGAGGACUGAUUUUAAUGUGGAACAUUUCAAUGAGCGGUUACUGAAUAAAGGUCUCAUUUUCAUAAACAUA